CCGACCUCCUACGGCCGAGCAGGCCCUCUUAGAGGUCCGGGGGCGGGGGAAUCACUUCCGGCGGCAGGUAUCCGCGCGAUGCUCUGCCUCCGCCUCCCCCGAGACGGCCAGACCAGCCUGUCCUCGGCCUCGCCCGCAGCCUGCUCAGCGUAAAGAUGACGAGGACGAAGACCCCUCCCACGAACUGUGUAGGACUGCAUCAUCGCCUGGGUAUUCAUUGGGCAGGACGUCAUAUGCAAGAUUCGCCCGCAAGUGGAUGGCCUGUCCUUUAGAGGCAUAAGGUGGGUGAUAAUUUAAUAUAAAAUUAAUGAUGUGUCUUAUUGUUUUGUCACGUUGCUCUCAAAGAGUUACGUUGGGGUCCAGUAUGCCCCCCUCUCCUAUCUGGAGAGACGACAUAUCAGCCUAUCGUCACAGCUAAGUGGUUUUUUAAAAAACAGUGUUUCCGGUAGUGUGUAUUAUGAAUCCAGCUGGAACACGGUAGGCCACGGAAACUUUCUAACCAUUCAUUCCUUAGCGUAUAGGCAAGGCCCCUGGUUACACAGGGUUACACUAGGCUACCAUCAAAGGAUCCUACUAGUGCAUCUUUGUUAUCAAUCCUUGAAUCAUCCUACUUAUAAAUAAAUAGGCAUCCCCCUUAUUAUCUUUCUAUUUUUGUGUCUAGUGUUGGCAGGUAACAAAACACCUGUUGAUGUUUCGUAUCCUGUAAGGCAGUAUCGAUUUAUGUACUGACAGACGAUUCAUCUUGUGAAUAACGUAAACUGAAUGGUCUGGAUGAUACAGUACAGCUCCGUAAAUGUGUUUUCUCUUACGGUUUUCGUGAUCUUGUUCUUUUUUCUAGCUGACUUUGCUGUAAGGAUACGGUGUAUGAUACAUGUAAUACACAAAAUAUGUGUUAAUCGACUUAUCGGUUUAGGUCCUGGUCAGCCGUAGGCUAUUAGUAGUUAGGUUUUUGAGGAGUCAAAAGCUACAUGUGGAUUUUUGACUGCAUGGGGGUGGCCGUCCCUCAUGCCUCCGUUGUUCAAGGGUCAACCGCAGGGGGCACCUGUCUUGCACCGCUUGUAUGAAGAUCACGUGAGUUAAAGCAUCUGGCUUUCUCUGUCCCUCCGUCUCUGGCAGUAACGGCAACCUCGCAGGGUUGGCGGGAGCUUGUGGGUGAGAUGCUCCACAAACGUUCGUCGCGUGAUCAGCAUGGCUGAGUUCCCUGAGAGCAGUGGUCUCCUUUCUCCCUUCCAGGCUGCCCUCCUCCGCGCUGUGCUUCGGCGGCCCGGCCCGGCCCCGUGGAGAAGGCCUGUCUGCGGGCUGUGGUGCCGCACAGCCACCGGCCGGGAUCCGGGGAGGUGGGUGGGGAGCGGGUACCCCGCCCCGAAGGAGAAGGCGGCAGGUGCGGAGACAGAGAACUUCCAGAUCGUCUACCGGUUUGACGCCAUCAGAGCCUUCGGGUACUUGUCUCGGCUGAAGGUGGCACAGACGGCCCUCACGGUGCUGGCCCUCCCGCCUGGCUGCUACUGGUACUCCCAGGGCUUCGUGACGCUCGGCUCCCUGUGUGUCGCGGGCGGGGUGGCUGGCUUUGCCCUGGCCAUGCUCUGCUGGAUGAGCUAUUUCUUCCGGAGGCUGGUGGGCAUCCUGUAUGUGAACGAGGCGGGCACUGUGCUGCGGGUGGCGCAUCUGACCUUCUGGGGCCGGCGGCAGGACACGGACUGCCCCGUGGCCGACGUGAUCCCCAUGACGGAAACCAAGGACCGGGCCCAGGAGCUGUUUGUGCGUAUCCAGCAGUACAGUGGGAAGCAGACCUUCUACCUCACCCUUCGCUAUGGACGCAUCGUGGACAGAGAGCGUUUCGCGCAGGUGUUUGGGACGCUGGACUCCCUCAAGUGAAUUGGGAGCUGGGUCUCCAGCAGGAAGGCCGAGGAUGAAAUGGGAUCGGGCACCUGAAGACUUCGGCAGGGCCUCUGGGCACCCGUCUUUUGGGAUGCACAGAAUCCUAAGACAGAAGCUAGUGAUCGCGUUUCGGAAAGAGGCCCUUAGUACCAAUUCAUACUGCAUUUGUGUGACAUUUAGUCAGAUAACGGCCAGAAGUUCACAGCUGGUUCUCGGAGGAAGCUGUGUCCGGUUCACCCAGGCAGGGCAGUGCUGCGAAAUCGGAAGUCAGGGAGGUGAGGCAGAGCAAGCUCAGGACGUGGCUUGAGCAGACUCGGGUGCUGUCAGUUCUCGACUGCCUGUCCUGGAGUCACCGUGUCUCUCAACCCUGUUUUUCCCAUCUGAGAAAGGGAAAAAUCCUGUCUCCUGGCAUGGGUGUGAAAAUAAACGGUAAAUGUCAAGGUCCGUACAAAGGUGACGUGUGCUGAAAAGCUUCCAGGCAGUCAGUAGGGCUUACCCGAGGCCUGUGCCGCCCCCAUCGGGCCUCAGCAGCAGGAAAGGACGGGAAGAAGCCCGGGUAGAGUUGGGUCGUGUGACCGCGGCGGAGGGUGCUGGCCAGGCGAGCGCCGCAUCCCUUUGCCAAGGUUGUGGCCUGGGGCCCUCCUGUCUGAAGGCUCUGGUGGAUGAAACCAGGCGAGCUGUGUUCUGGUGCGUUCUUUUAUAAGCUAAAGCUAGUUGUGUGCGCGAUUAGUGGUUAGUAAAAGAUGUUUGUUUCACAGUCUGUAGCAAAAUAAAGAGGAAGGAAGAGGUGAUGGUCAACAGUUCCACCACUCAGAAGUCAGUGACUAGAUGCUUUAUUGUGGGGACUUCCAGUCUUUUAUUGUGUUAAAACACACAUCAUGUAAAUGUAUUCGUUCAGCCAUUUUUGAAUGUACACUUCAGUGGUAUUAAGGACGCCUACAACGUUGUGCAGCCAUCACAUCUGCUCGUUUCCAGAACGUUUUCAUCAUCCCAAGGAGAAACUCUGUACCCAUUAAACGGUCACUCCCCAUCUCCCCCUCCCUCCGGCCUCGUAACCAGUCAUCUGCCUUCUGUUUCCGUGGAUUUGCUUUUUCUGGACAUUCCACGUAAACGGAAUCGCCCACUGUGGUUUUGUGUCUGGCUUCUUUCACCUGGCGUGAUGGUUCCAACGUGCAUCCAUGCUGUAGCCUGUGUGAGAGCCUCAUUGCUUUUCGUGGCUGGAUAACCACAGUGUAGACCACAGUUUGCUUAUCUGUCUGUCGAUGGACAUUUUGAUAGUUUCCACCUUUUGGCUGUUGGGAACAGUGCUGCUGUCAGAGUUGGCGCACGAGUCCCUGCUGUUGCUUCUUUUGGGGCUCCUGGAUGCCGACAGGCAGACAGGCGGAAAUAUUGGAUCUUACGGUGACUGUGCAAGUUUUUGAGGAACCGCUGAACUUUCCCACAGCCGCCAUGUCCUUUUUUACCCGUCUCAGCCGUGCACGAGGGUUCUGGCUCCUCCACAUCCUCCUGAUGGGCAGGAGGUGGUAUCUUAGCUGUGCUUUCAGGCUUUUUAAAAACAUAGAUGUUAUCCUGUACCUGGAAUUGUUUUUUUUUUUUUUUUUUUUUUUUUGCUUCAUGUAACAUAGCUAUCUUACUUGUAAACACAUUAAAAAUAUUCUGUCACAAGAAAGAAAAUACCUCAUUACUAUGUGAGAUACCUGAUGUUAACUGACCUUGUCAUAAUCGUUUUGCGAUAUAUACGUGCAUAAAUCAUUACGUUGUACACACUAAGCUGA